GCGUAUAAACAUAUGUCAUAGAUUUGUGUUUCAAGAAACACAUUUACAUUCAUAUGAAUAUCCUACAGGAAUAAUCUCAAAACAAAGCAAAUAGAAACUACGAUAUUUAAGAUAUGAUAACCAUCCUCUUUUAUAACAGGAAGAACAGCAUAAUACAUAAUGUAUUCACAUAAAUGUAUUUUUGUCUUUGACGAAUAUUAUGGCUGUCUUGAAGACUUUGACAUCUCGCACUCAAGUAUGGACAAUCCAAAAUUAUAGAAGUCAACAAAACAUUUUGAUUGAAAUCCAAAUUACUUGUGGAUAUGACGACGUCGGGGAAAAGUGGUCGACAUGAAAAUUCAGUUGAAACAAUACUCACAUUUGACAACAGAGAUUUGCAAAGUCAAUGGUCAGUGGUGUGGUCGACGUCCCACAUCCCGGGCGUGCAGGAACAGACUGCCCGGCAGGAGCGCAUGCGCGUGCGCGGACGACGUCGCCUGCGCAUCGGCUCGCUCGCGCUCAGUGCGCUGCUCACCAUGCACGGCCGCGUACCAGCCUCGGCACUAACCGGCGGAGUCUUUGGAUUUGCGCUGUUCCUGGUGGUAGCUGUAAUGUCCCUCGCUAACCCACUACGACAUUUUGAGGUGUACUUGGGUCAGUGGAGCGUAAGUGGGCCAGGACGAGCUUUUCGCAUCCUACCGAUGCUUGACGGUAUAGGCAUAGCAAUGUGUAUAAACGCAAUAGUGCGUGCUAUCAACUGCUGUGCUAUAGCGGCCAUAGCGGCGCUUUACGUGUCACAUUCUGUAGCUGAUGCGAAGUUACCCUUCACAUAUUGUCGGGAUUUCGAAUUAAAAGCUUAUGAACCAGUGAUGAGAGACGUUAAAUUGUUGUCACUAUCCAGAAUACCACUAGAUAAAGCAAUCAUAUAUCCGGGAGAGGAGUCAAGCACCGUGGGAUUAAAGCAUCGAGCUUGGCGAAAUGUUUCACUUUCCAAGAGACGGAAACCUAUUCGGCAAGUACAAAUAUGCAGAGAGACGUACUCAGGACAUUAUCCGUCUAUCUAUAGUACUCCUGCCUACAACUAUUUUUACGUAGAAGUGGUACAUUUACGUUCAAACUUCUCUUUGGUACACUUCAACAUACCACUCGUGUGCGCUAUUGCUGUCAUUUGGCUCAUAUUAUGGUUCAUAAUGAUAUUGGAAAAAUUGGUAUAUGGUAGAUUAAUUUGGAACAACAUGGCCCCGUGGUUUGUAAUAAUACCAUGGGUGUGGACUUUAUUGGUUGCCUUCACUGCAGCGUCAAACCUCACUAUGUACAAAACUUUACGUACAAUCCUACGGCUUGGUGCGAAAGAUGUUAUUGCGGGUUUGGCGGACGCUUUUGAGGUAGCUCUCUAUAUUCAUUCAGUCACUGUUGGAACUGAAAUAAUUCAUGGCAAAGGAUUAAAUUAUUAUGCUUCGGGUCACAUAGACCCUGCCCUGAACAACGAGAACGUGUGGCACUCGGUGACAGUGCUGCUGCUCACGGGCUUCCACACCGGCGGGGCUGCGCUGUGCGCGCUUGUCGAUUACAUACACCCGCAUAACUCGGGCUUGUAUGCUAUGGAGGAGAGUACACUGUGGGUAAUACCAAUGUACUCCAAGUGCACGUCGAUGACUGGUUACUCUCACCUCGUGACGACGCUUGUGUUCGGUGGUUUGACGUUUUCGUAUAUGACUGUGGCGUUCGUGUUGUUAAAAACAGCUUUGCACACAAUCUUUGAAUAUAAAGUGAAACUAGUAUUCGCAGAACAAGUACUCGUUGGAGGUUUAAUGCUGACAUGCAUGGUCAUUACUAUGAUUUUUGCAACCCACGGAGGCAUAGCUUUGCUGGAGAGCGUGGACUCGAUGAUGACGGGCGUAGCGAUGCCGCUGGUGGCGGUGCUGGAGCUGGUGAGCCUGCUGUACGUGUACCGCAGCCACGACUUCCAGUCCGACGCGCGCUUGGCCACGGAAGACAACGCGUGUGCCGCUCGCAUAAGCAUACAGUGGCACAUUAUACCUUUAGUUUCAUUGAUAACUCUCAUACUAAAAAUCACGACGUUAGUGGCGGCGGAGUUGCCGCAGCGCUCCAUGUACCUGGCGCUGGCGCCGCUGCUGGCGCUGGUGGUGUCGGUACCGCUGCGGGCCGCGCACAACGCCUACACCUUCCUCCGGCCCACGCCGCAGACCACCUGAUGCUACCGAAUGGUCCGCAUCCUACAGCCUUCUACAUCGUGCUUAUGAAGCGAACUUCGAAACAAUAAAAUGUUUUUAGUAAAUGUCUA